UCCCCCUCCGUCCUCACUGUGACUCUGCGUUCCUCCGGAUCGUUUCGGGACUCGAACACUUCUCUUGUUUCUUUUUGACUUUUUAAACCGCAAUCAUGAAUCAAGUGAACACGUGCCUGAAACGCAUCUUCACCGUCUUCAACAUCUUCUUCGCGAUUGUUGGCGGCAUCAUCAUCGGGCUCGCUCUGCUGUCUCAGGUCUACACCAACAUUAAUGGCAAUGUAGAGGGUCGGACCACCAGCCUACUGCUCCUUUACGUUGUGGGCGCCACCACAAUGGUCAUCGCAAUUUUGGGAGCCUACGGCGCCCACAAGGAGAACAGAGGUUGCAUGAUCGCGUUCUUGGUUUGUAUGGUCAUUGGAUCACUGAUGCUGCUCCGCGCCGGCAUCGUCCUCGCCUCCAACCGCUCGCAGGUGGAGCCCACACUGGAGGAGAAGCUUAAACUGCUCGUGCCUCUGAACCAAGCUCCACAGGAAGCACAGGAUAUGGCAAACAACCUGCAGACACUGGCGCAGUGCUGUGGUCUGUUCAGCUACGAGGACUGGAGGUCCGACAUCCCUGACUCGUGUGUCUGUAACGAUGAGGAGGUGAUGGAGGACUUGUGUCAGACUGUCUCCUACACGUCUAUCAUGCUGACUCAGAAGAACAUCUACACCAAGCCCUGCUUCCCCGUCAUCAUACACUACCUCCUGCUGAUCAUUGACAUCAUGGUCGGCAUCAUCUUCUCUCUGGCUACCCUGGCGCUGCUGGGCCUGGCUCUGUCCUCCCUCAUCAUCCAUCAAAUGCGUCAUCCCAACCGGGCCACCGUCGUGCUGUCCGUCCCCGCCAUCUUCGCCCCGUCAAUGCCCAAAUACCAGGAGCUGCAAAACCCUCCACCCAAGUACCAGGAGAGUCCUCCACAUUACUAGAGGAACAACUCCCCCUCCCUCCGUCUGUUAGCCUAAUGUUCAGGGUCGUUUACGGGGUCUCUCUGUUUGUUGUGCCUUACACACCUGACGACUCCCCAAACAUGACGGAAACUCUAACCAAAAAAAACCCCACUGGCUCUUCUCAUGGCUAGCAGCUUCUGCACCUACAUUAAUCUUUAUUUUGAAAUAGCUACAAGUAGACCAUCUCAGGGGGGCGGGGCUUAUUCAUUUCCUUAUCUGCUUUUUUGGUACGAGGAGAGGACUUCUUUUAAACAGCGUGAGAUCCGUUCUACAAGAUUAUUUUGCACUCAUCAACUUUUACACAAUGCAAAAAAAAAACAAACAAAACUUUUUUAAACUUUAUCGCAAAAAAAAACAAAAUCUGCAAAUGGCCUUAAAUAAACGUCAGUCAAUGCAAUUUUUUUAACUGCAGCGAUUCUGACAGCAAAGAGCUUUACGAAGGUUUUUAAUCUACCUUCAACUGUAAUCAUCCCUUCAUGAUGCACAACUCCCUGAAAGAGACAACCAGAAGGCUUUUAUUUUGAAAAACACGAGCUCUGUGACUACAAGGCUCUCCAGAUAAAUUGUGAAGUUAGUCGGAGCUGUAAGCCGCAAGCGAGUUGAAUAUUUUUGUGGUGAAAAGGGGAGAAAAAUAAUAACUGGAAGAAGAAGCCAGUUAAAGUGUGAAACUGGAAAAAAGGGAGAUCUAAUGUUUGUAAUCUUUUCUUUGUAUCAUGUUUGAUUCUCCUGCUGUGAGCUGAAACUGGUAGAUAAAUAAAAACGAUAAAAGAA